AUGCCGGCGAGCCGCGACGCCCUCGCCAUCGGGCUCCAGCUGUGGCUCAACUUGCCUGCUCGGUUGAAGAUGACCGACCCCAAGUACCAAGAGAUCCCCGCGUCGGGCUUGCCGCGGGCCAAGGACGGCAACGUGGAAGCCAUCAUCAUCGCCGGCGAGGCCAUGGGUGAAAAGACCAACGUCUUCACGAAUGUCCCCAUCACGUACGUGCACUUCACCCUCACCUGCCCCGCCACGCACUUCCACCCCCUUCCCGUCCACCACAACGCCUUCGUGUACGUAAUCUCUGGCUCGGGUCGGAUCGGCGGCGAGUCUGUGGAGGCCCACUCGGUGGUCCAGAAAGUACAUGCAUCAAUCUCCAGUGCUCGACGAACGGAGCUCGAGAACGGCCAAGGUGGAAACACAACCUGUUGA